AUGUACGGUGCGGCGGUCAUCACUGGAGGAUUUGGCUUGGCAUCCGUCUUUGCCGUCAUCUUCCAAUGCAAGCCCAUCACGGCGGCAUGGGACUCGUCAACCGGCAGCGCUACUUGCUACCCUUUCAUCGACUUUCUCCAUGCCAGCGCGGCCUUGAAUAUUGCAAUCGACAUGUUGCUAUGCACCGUGCCGCUGCCAUACAUUUGGAACAUGAAGAUGACAACGGGCAGAAAAGUUCUGCUCACGAUCCUCUUUUCCUUCUCUGGACUCUCAUGUGCUGCGGCGAUCCUCAAGCUUGUCAACCUAGAGCCUCUCAGCGAUUCUGACGUGACUUACAACUGGGUCUCUUGGGUGCUCUGUUCCAUCGCAGAGUGCACCAUCGGCAUCGUCUGCAUGUCAAUACCUCCGAUUAUUCCUCUCUUCGCCAAGUGUUCCCGCAACAAGCCGCCAACGCCUCGAAAGGAAAGAAGCAAGUCGUUGCGGUAUACUUUGUUUGCUGAAAAGCCGACUUUCAGCCGCGCCGUGGCACCGCGAGUCAUAAGACCGAUGGCGACACCGUGGAAGGAUCAACCACUCGAAAGGACCGUUAACCCGGACUUCAAGCCAGAGUUCCACUGGCUCAGACUGGAGCAGCAAGAAUAUGGGCGCUGCUGGGACAGGACACCUCAGUCUACUAAGGCGGAUCAGGUUCUUGGGAUUGCGUUGUAG